CAGACAAAGUAGCCGGAGCGUGGAGCUACUUCCAGCCGGGCACAAUCUCUCUGAUUAGUUGGCACCGCGAGCUGAGCAACAGCGGAUCGUUUUUUAAUUUGGUCAAGAGAUACAUAUAGAAGCAACAUGGCAGAAGUUAAGCAAGCGGAUAUUGAGGAAUUGUACAACUUCAUCUAUCCUCUGGCCAUCAAGGCCGGCGAGAUUUUAAUGGAGGGCUAUGAAAUGGCCAGUAAAAAUGUCUCAAUUAAAGGUGAUUUCUACGACGUGGUUACCGAUUAUGACAACAAGAUCGAGGAUUUUCUUAUGGAGAAAAUAUUGGCUAGCUAUCCGGGACAUAAGUUCAUCGGAGAGGAGGCAACGGCCAAGAACAACAAUGUAUCUGGGGACCUGACUGAUGAUCCAACUUGGAUCAUAGAUCCCAUUGACGGUACUUCGAAUUUUAUCAAGCAAAUCCCGCACGUUUGUGUUUCAAUUGGUUUGGCAAUCAACAAACAGAUUGUGGUGGGAGUGAUCAACAAUCCUGUCCAGAAGAAACUCUUCACAACGAAAUUAGGCCAAGGAGCCUUUUGCAAUGGAAAGCCCAUUCAUGUGAGCAGCUGCGAGAGUGUAAAAAAUGCCAAUGUGGCCUACGAAGUUUCCCUGCUGCACGUCCAUUCGGUGGCCAACAAGCACAUCAAGAGGAUCUACCAUGUGGGAUUAAAUGCCAGACGACUUUUGGCAUAUUCCUGUGUGGUGGAUGAGUUGUGCAUGGUUGCCGCUGGCAACUUGGAUGCCUUUUACAUCGAGGACAUGUAUCCCUGGGACUGUGCUGCUGGUUCCCUGUUGGUAAAGGAGGCUGGAGGCGUAUUAACGCAUCCCUUUGGUGGUCCUUUUGACAUAAUGAAACCUGAUCUAAUUUGCGCCGGAACGGAAAAGUUGCGCAAAGAAAUUGAAGACCUGUUGCGCAAGGCCGACCAAGAGGAGUCGGUGGGGGACAAGCCGGUGCCAAAGUAAUAUUAGCAAGAUAUACAAAAUUAACUGUUGGCAAAAACAGUCUAAAUUAAAAAGCUUGGAGGUCAGCAGCACUCUCAGUUAACGUUGGAAGCUCUGCUAAUUGAAAGCUUUUUAGAUAUCUUCCAGCUUUGAUCGCCGGCAGCUGGUGGAUACGAUACACAAAAAGGCGGGAAAGCAAACAACUCUAAACUAAGACUUUGAAAAACAACUUUUUACAAUAGAACAUUUUGUUACCAUAAUUUUAAGCCUUAAGCUGCCAAAUAAAUAAAGGGGUUUAUACGAAGGUUAA